AAGAACAAGCUGCUUGCAUUCAGUUGGGGCCAAAUUGUCCCCUCAUGGCAGGAGAAAUGAGCCAGAAGAAUUUACACAAAAUGAUGAAGCAUUGGCACGAACCCCAGAGGAGGUCCUGGGCUCGGAGGCAAAAUAAGGUGGACGAGCUGCCGAUUGAGCAGACUGCCUGGACUCCAGACAAAAAGGACAUAGAGCUGCCUUUGAAAGUCCGACCGUCCGUCUCCAUAUCACUGAUUCCGAGGGACCUCGAACAGGGCGGCCGGGCCAUGCACCAAAUUGCCCCCGAAAGCGCCGCCGAGACUCGCAACCAUUUGCGAGACCGCCUGCCUAUGAUGGUGUGCGCGGCUUUCGCCUUUGCGUCUACUGCCACCCUGCUCCUCCUGUACCUGGACUCGCCCAUCUGGGCCCUCCGCAACUACGCGACGGCGGGGAAAGGCCAGAACGGAUCGUCCACACAGCACUAUUUGCAUUUCACCACCAAAGGGCAUAGUGUCGCUGCAACAGACCAAGAGACGAACCUCUCGACCUGGACGCUGUCGGAGGACGGGGGUGGCGCGAACGUUUCCGUGAUCGGAGAACGGGCCACCGCAGUGACAAGCGAGACCCUGAAUAGUGUCAAUGUCAAGAAAUAGGAAGGCAACAUGCGCGCACCAGGCUUACGUUAAUUUUGAAAAACGUUAAAUAUAUAUCGCUAUC